AGGGAAGUAGGUCACCUACGGAACUAAAUCUAAUAGGGUGUUUUAGCUUUGAUAGGAAGGAGAUCGUACCGCCCCACGCUCUAAACCUUAGCAUAACCCACUGACCCAGUAGCAUAACCCAGUCACUUAGCGUAUCCUAUUGGCUAACCUUAUGAGCUUCUCUUCUAGAAUUCUGCCCCACCUAAAUUUUUCAUUGAACGAGAUGUUGCUUCGAUAUUUCUCAUCACUCAUCACAGCGGCUGCGCAACCGGAAGAGGACCGACGACUUCGUAAUUUCUAACCUCACCGCUCUAUAUCAUCCAAUGUUGCCGCCGUAAACUUGACUUGCGAGUCGAGAGCCCAUUGAAAGCUCCUCAUUAACAACUCAACCCCCCGCCUCUAUCCACCUCAUCCACUUCAUCCACCUCUUCAGAACACCCUCGAAAUCAUGGCCGAACUCCUGCGCCAGUCGCGGCCCUGGCUGCUCUCCUCCAUACGCUCACGAGCGCCAUCCCCUAUCGUAUGCGGUCUUUACCGCAGUAUAAGCACAACUCCAUUGCGUCCAUAUGCUGCGAGGAGGGGACCUACAAGACCAAGGUCGAUGAAGUCGUUUAAGAAGAGCGAUGUUCAGCAGAUGGAGCCCAAUAUAACAAUGUUAAUACCCCAGACCCUCGUGGCCCCUCCUCUCUGGCGAUACCCGCGCCAGCCCAAGAAGUUCUUCCACAUGCUAUGGCUACAUAUCAAGGCCCGCUACGGGACGCUUUGGGCCGUAAUAUCUAUGAAAGUCAUGUCGCAGCCGACGGUCCUGAUCAGCAAGCCGCUGUUCAAAUUCCACCGAGCGGCCGCCAUCCCCACAGCCAAGGCCCUACACAUCCAGAUGUCCGAGGCCAUGGCCGUCGGUGACAAGGAGACCUUGCGCAGCAUCUGCACGCCCGAGCUGUUCCAGACCCUAGCUGCCACCAUCGACGCCCGCCCGCGCGGCAUCCGCGCCGAGUGGGAGCUCGUGCGCUACAGCAACACCUGGCUGUACCCCCGUGUCGCCGACUGGCGCGUCGGAUACCAGCCCCUGCCAAACGGUGACAUGAAGACGCUAAAGCAAAUCGUGGUCAGCAUUUCCAGCGUCCAGCGCAUCGCGCGUUACGACGACACCAAGGGCGGCAUUAAAGUCGCUGGCAGCGAGCGCGUGCGCAAGAUCACGGAGCACAUUGUCCUCCAGGCUGGUAUGGAUAAGAAUACCUUCGAGGCUGAGCCUUGGAAGAUCUGGGGUACACUACCUGAGACGAGAUACGAGGAGUACAUAGCGGAGAUAGAGAACCUUGAUGCUGUUAUGGCGGACGAGGCCGGGAAGUAGGUAAUGACGGGAUAGUAAAAAAGAAAAGAAAAAGUAAAAAUGUGUAUAGUAUGGGCUUGUAUGCAUAAGACCUGUAUAAAUCGAACUCCAAAACAGUUAACGUCACUCUAGACUC